AUGUCUCCGAAACAUCUGGAACCAUCACGAAGGAGCUCAAUUGAAUCGUGCACGUUACAGCUCCUCUCAUGGCGUCCAUUUCACCGCUCCAAGACCCUUGACUCAUCUGACCAGUCGCAGAAACCUUACGGCUCCAUUUCGACGAAACGCCCUUGCUUCUCCGAUCGCUCCACUUCCUUCUCCAUCGAAGCUAUGGGCCGUCUCUCUCUCGCCGACGAAGACAACAACAAUGGAGGCAAGUUAUCAUCGGCUUCGAAUUACAAUAACAGUAAAGGAAGUUUCCGGCUAGUGGCGAGGAAGCGGCGGCGUCGCAAUUCGAGAUCGGUGUCUGGUCGGAGUAGUGAUCGCAGCGGGACUCGGAGAUGCUGCUCUAUCGGAGCUCACGGGACCUGCUCGGAUUUUCCGUUCGCCGUCGGUACAGAUUCGAGUGGGGAGCUGUUUAGCGAAGCGAAUUGGGCCUCCGAUGUGAGCGAGGCGCGGAAUUCGCGGAGAGAGCGGCGGGAUUCCGGCGGAGAGAAGGAAGCCUCCGGAUUCGGAUUCGCCGUUGGAAUCGACCCGAUGGGGAAUGAAUCUGGGUAUGGGAGUGAGCCUGGGUAUAGAGGGGAUGCCGAGUUUGGUUAUGGUGACGAGUUCGACGAUGAAGAAGAAGAUGUGAAGCCAUUGUUUUGGGGAGGUAAGCUCAGUCUCUUAGACUCUGAAAGUAUCAAAUAUGAAUCUUCUCCAAAUGUUAUGAAGUUUUGA